CGCGGAUCGCGUCAGUCGGGUGGCAACUGUGUCCGGAUAUGUUUGUCGCGUUGUCGGAGUGAGCUCAGCGAACGCGCGCGGGUGGUAGUUGGUGUCGGUAGUGACUGGCGGUGGUGGCGGCUGGUUGCACGACAGUUGCUGGCUCCUCGUUCUUCGCGAAUUUCUCUUUCCCUCUCUUUCUUUCCGAAGAAGAAACGAACUGACAGUUGCGUGAACAUGUGAUUCUGACAAAGGGAUUUGUCGUUUCUUACACGAGAAUAUCUUAUAUUUUUUCCGGUUUUUCCGUUCCACACGUUUGUCCACCGUUUCGCGUACGCGCGCGUGUGUGUGUGUGUGUGUGUAUGCGUGUUUGUAUAAGUGCGUACAGUGCGUACAACCCGGCUAGUGGUGGUUGGUUCGUUGUCUCUCGCGUCGUUCGCGUUCACGGGACACGCCGCGGGAUAACGCUGGGAUCGUCGGCCCCUCACGCGAAGGGGUAGUGUCACCCGCGAAGAGCAGGAUAUAAUGUUCUGAGAUUCGGGUGGCGGCACGCGAGAGAGCCACGCGCGCAUCAUCAUGGUCGCUAAGCAUUUCGCUUCGCAGGGCUCUAGCCCUGAGUGCGGCGUGCCGGACAUGACAGUUAUCAGCAACAUCGAUGAAACUGGUAUCAAUCGUAAUCUUCAAGUUCGGUACAGUAGGGACCAGAUAUACACAUACACGGGAUCCAUACUGGUGGCUGUCAAUCCAUACAAAGAAGUGGACUACUACACAAAUGAGUACGUGAAUCGAUACCAUGGGCAGAAGAUGGGCGCCUUGGAGCCGCAUGUGUUCGCCCUGGCGGAGGCGGCGUACAAGUCUCUGCAAGACACCGAGAGCAACCAGUCCUGCGUGAUAUCGGGCGAGAGCGGGGCCGGCAAGACCGAAAGCACCAAGUUCAUUCUGCAAUACCUGUGUUCGGUCACCAGCAACGUCGACACGUGGGUGGAGCAGCAGAUCCUGGAGGCCAACACCAUUCUGGAGGCGUUCGGCAACGCGAAGACCGUGCGGAACGACAACAGCUCGCGCUUCGGCAAGUUUAUGCAGGUGUGCUUCGACACCAAGUGGAUGAUUAAGGGAUGCAUCAUCCAGGAUUACCUGCUGGAGCAGAGCCGCAUCACCUUUCAAAGCCCGGGCGAGCGCAAUUAUCACGUCUUCUAUCAGGUGGUCGAGGCCGGCACGCGGGACAAGGAAUUCGCCGAGCAAUAUAAACUACGUCCGGCCGCCCACUACAAAUAUCUCAAUCAGUCCGGCAGCGUGAAGGUCGAUGGGUUUUCCGACUCGAAGAAGCUCGACGCUCUCAGGCUCGCCUUUAAUGUGCUCCAGGUCGCGCCGGAAAUGUGCGAAGGCAUUUUCCGGGUGCUGUCGGCUAUCCUGUGGCUCGGAAACCUGAGCUUCGAGGACGUCGACGGCGAGAGAUGCGAGCUGUCGAACGAGGACGGGGACAUAGUGGACACGGUGGCGCCGCUGCUGGGCCUGCAGGUGGAGGAUCUCACCAAGGUGGUGCUGAUACGGCAGAUAAACGUGCGGGGAAACAUCACGGAGAUCCCGUUGAAGGUGCAGGAGGCGCGGGAGAACAGGCACGCGAUGGCGAAAGCGCUCUACUCGCGCACCUUCGCCUGGCUCAUCAAUCACAUCAAUAAUUGCACGAAUCCGGGCCAGGAUAGCUCGCGAUUCCUCGGCGUGCUCGAUAUCUUCGGCUUCGAGAACUUCACGCUGAACAGCUUCGAGCAGCUCUGCAUCAAUUACACGAACGAGAAGCUGCAUAAGUUCUUCAAUCACUACGUCUUCGCGCUGGAGCAGGAACUCUACCGUCAAGAGGAGAUCCGAUACUCCCACAUCACGUUCACGGACAACACCAUGUGCCUGGAGCUGAUCGAGAAGCCUCCGCGAUGUGUUCUUAAGUUACUGACCGAGCAGUGCCAUAUGCCGAAGGGGUCGGACUUGGCUUACCUCACGAACUUGCACGCGGAAUUCGAGAACCACCCGUGCUACGUGAAGGGGGACGAUCGGCGGAAGUGGGAGAAGGAGUUCGGGGUCAAGCACUACGCCGGCUGCGUCACGUACACCGUCGAGGGUUUCGUCGACAAGAAUCGCGACGUGCAGCAGGACGUGUUCUUCGAUUUCAUGUCGAGGAGCACGAACGAGUUCGUUCAGGAGAUCAGCGUCUAUCAGGACCUCCUGGGGUGCACUAUCGCGCGCACGACCGCCGGCGCGGCCACGACCAUGUCCCGCGGGACGUCCAAGGGCAAGCCGACCCUCUGCGACUCCUUCCGGCACCAGCUGCAGGCUCUGGUGGACGUGCUGCAGGCGACGACGCCGUGGUACGCGCGCUGCAUCAAGCCGAACAUGGAGAAGCAGGCCAAUCACUACGACGAGAAGCUGGUCCUGGAUCAGCUCAAGUAUCUCGGUAUGUUGGAUAUUAUACGCAUACGCAAGGAGGGCUUUCCGAUACACAUGUCGUUCCACGACUUCGUCGCGAGGUACCGUUGCCUCGACAAGCGCCGCUUCUCGCUCUCCAGCAACGAGAAAGAGGCGACCAGGUACUUGAUUAGCAAUCAAGGUAUAUCGGGAAACGAGUGGCAGAUCGGCCGGACGAAGGUGUUCCUCAGGAGCUACGUGCACGAGCCACUGGAGGAUUCAAGAAAUCAGGUGGUAACGAGCAACGCCAUUAUGAUACAAAAGAUUUGGCGAGGAUAUAUCAAACAGCGAGAAUACAAGCGCGUAAGGGAAGCGGCGCUGAAGGUGCAGCACGCGUAUCGCGGCUGGAAGCUGCGAAUAAUGUUCAUCAGGAAGCGCAGGGCCGCCAUAGUGAUUCAGAGCCACUUGCGGGGCGUCUUCGCGAGGGAGGUGGCCGCGGCGCUGCGAGAAAUGAGACGAGUCGACGAGGAAAUGAGGAAGAGGGAGCGGCUGGAGGAGGAACGAAGACUGAUGGAGGACAAGAAGGCGCUGGAGGAGAGCCAGAGCGCGCAGUACACCGGUAUUGUCGGGAUGGAGUCCGGGAAGGCGCAGGAAGAGAUCGCCGCGCUGUCGCAGAUGGCCGAGCAGAUGAACUCGAAGAUGGCCGCGUCGGACUUGCAAUCGGUGGACCUCGAUAAUCUAUUCUCCUUCCUGUCCGACGUGCAGUCGACCAAGAGCAAUCAGAUUAUUGACGAGAUCGGCGAGCAGAUGGACGAGCUGGUGGAAGACCUGGACGUGGAAUUGGAGACCGUCAUUCAACAAGAGAUGGAAUUGAACGCCAAGGCCGAAUCGAAUGUCACCUCGCCCGUCAACGGGCAGGAAGUGACGUCGCCGCAACAGCAGCGGAUACCCUGCACGAACAGCGUGAGCAGCAACAAGCUCGGUCAGCCGAGUCUUCCGGAACCUACGGGACCGCCGCCACCGCCGCCACCCCCGACGACGCAAUCUUCAGCCAUGAACGGCAGCGAUUCGUCGAGCGACAACGGCGAGCCGAUCUACGAGUCCGUGUUGCCGCGCGACGACAAUGAGCCUGGCAGUCCAGUCGCCCACAAUGGCAGCAGUCCAGGUCAGAUGGUGAACGGCGAGGCGUGCGGAUCGCCGCCGCCGAUACCGGGCGGCAAAUUGCCGAAGGAGGUCGCCGGCAGUCCGCCGUCCAGGCCGGAGUCCAGGAGUUCCAACAGCCAUCAUCACUCGCAUCACCAUCAUCAUCAUCAUCAGACGAUACCGCAGGCGCAGCAGAACGGCCACGAUCAACCGCAGUCGCAGUCGCAAGCGUCGCAGCAGCUGCCGGUCGAACGCGAGCAGCGGCGCAAGUGCCGCGUGGAGCGGAAGCUGCAGGAACUGGAGGAUAAAAAGGAGCAGGACAUCGAGGCGACCUACCACGAUAUCGUGGAGUUCGCGCAGAACUACUUCAACAGCCACGAGCGCUCGCCGGAGGGCACCAUAAUGGCCACGUUGACGAGGAAGUCGCGCGGCAAGAGCAUCGAGUUCAUCCCGAAGUACGAGAUGGUCACGUAUUACAAAGGCUCCAGCAUCCCGAAUUCGCAUAUUCAUAUGUACGAUCCUGAUAACGUGAACGUCGCCUGUUCCGUAUUCAGAGAUUUGUGCAAGUACAUACGCGGCGAGAUGAAGCUAGAUCAGGAGAUAGUCACGAUCCAGAGCAUUAUCGCUUACGGCAUCGAGCGGGAGGAGUUGCGUGACGAGAUCUACGUGCAAUGCAUGCGUCAAGCGACCAACAAUCCCAACGCCGAGUGGGCGGAGCGCGUGUGGCUGCUAUUGUGCCUCGCGAUCGUGGCUUUUCAACCGAGCAAGCUCCUCUACAAAUACUUUUCCUCCUUCCUGAAGAAGAAUCUCGCCCUCGAGGGCAAGCUGCGGCAAUACGUGCAGUGGUGCGUGGAUAAUUGCAAGAACACGAAGGUGUCCUGCAGGCAGCAUCCGCCGUCCACGGUGGAAAUCGCCGCCAUGAGACGAUUGGGCACCAUAGUCUGCCGAUUCUUCUUCCUCGACGGAAGAACGAAGGCGAUUGAUGUGCAUCCGACUGACACGGCUGCCGACGCCGUCGCCAAGCUCGGCGAGAAGCUGGGUCUUCGGUCAUUGGAAGGCUGGGCCAUUUAUCAGAGCAGACCGGACGGAGAGGAGCACGUGCGGGCUCACGAUUAUCUGUACGACGUGAUCGCCGCGUGGGAAAUGAAACAAUGCAAAUUAAACACGGCGCAAUCGACAUUCUCGACGUUGCGACGCGGCAACAACACCACUCUGGGCAGCGGCGACAAUCGCUUCGUCUUCAAGCGAAGAUUAUUCCGCAAUCCAAGAGAGAUCUCGCAGGAUCCCGUGGAAGUUAAUAUGCUGUACGCGCAGGCGGUUUACAACGUCGUGAAGUGCGACGAUUUUCCGGUAUCUGAAAAAGUGGCGUUGCAGUUAGCGGGAUUGCAGGCGCAAGUGUCCCUCGGCGAUCCCAAGGACAACGACAGACUGGAUUAUUACAGCGAGGUGGACAGUUUCUUGCCGUACAGGAUCAGCCGUGCCCGCGGCGACGAUGUCUGGGUGCCGAUCAUAGCGCAAGCGCACCGGCAAUACGGCGCCGGGCGCAAGGAGCUCGCGGCCAAGGUGCUCUAUCUGUCCUGCGUGAUGCAGUAUCCCCUCUACGGCACGACUAUGUUCAACGUCACCUAUCGCGGAUACUGGUCUUACGGCAAUCAACUGAUUCUCGGCAUCAACUGCGACGGGCUCAUGCUGAUCAAGCCGGACGACAAGUUUGUUCUGUCCGAGUACCGUUAUCAGGACGUCGAGAGCAUCAUGCUGGACCCGAGCGACUCGUUCAUCACGAUCUCACUGCUGCGACACAAUCCCGACAGCUCGCACAAGUGCUUCGUCUUCGAGACCGCGCAGAAGAACGAGAUAGGCAGCCUGAUCGUCAGCUACUGCUCGGCGCUGGCCGGCUGGAUCACGGAAAACGAGGUCCCGAUGAAGAAGCUCAAGUGCAUCACCAACGAGGACCGCAUCAGGCUCUAUCACAAUUUGGUCAACUGUCGACGUGCGCUGGUCGACUCGGAGCUACUGAGGAAACCGCAGGACUCCGGCGGUGGUUUCCUCAGGAACACGCUCAGACGGCUGUCCAAGCACCGAAUCGAGAAGCUCAGGCAGGAACACGGAAGCGCCGAUCACGGUGAGACGUACAAGGGUUUCCCGUACGCCUACUGGGCGUUCAGCAGGCAGCAAGUGCCGCAGAGCCUGUCGAAGCUGCCCGAUCCCGACGAGCAGGUGUCCCUCAGCAUCUUCCAGCUGAUCCUGACGUACGCGGGACUCGGCCAGAACGGCGACACGGUGCGCAGAGUCGAGGACGAGCACGUGAAUCUCAUACAAACCGUGAUGGAGCGUUGCAUACGGAAGGAAAACCUGCUGGGCGAGCUGUACCUUCAGCUGAUCAAGCAGACGACCGAUCAUCCGGAUCCCAAUAAUCGCGUCAAUCUGCGGCACUGGGCGUUGCUCUCGCUCGCGUGUUCCGUGAUCCUGCCGCCUCAGAAGACCAUACGCAAAUAUUUGGUCGCGCAUCUGAAGCGAUGCGCCAGCGACUACGUCACCGAGGAGGGCAAAUACGCGAGAUUCGCGGAGAAGUGCCUUUACAAGACUCAGGGUACACGCAGGCGGCAGUGGCCGCCGAGUCGCGAGGAGAUCAUGUGCACCAUCAAUCGCCGGCCGAUCUACGCGAGAUUCCACUUCAUGGACGGCCAGUAUCACGCCGUCGAGUUUCAUCCGUCUGCGACCGCCAGGGACGUCAUGGAGCUCAUUAAGGCUAAGAUAGGACUCGACGAGAGUGCCAUGGGCUACGCGAUCUACGAAGUCUUGGGGCCAACCGAGCGAUCGUUGAUCCCCGAGGAGAAGAUCGCCGAUGUCAUGUCCAAGUGGGAACGAUACAGGGCGUCGCAGCAGGGCCAACAGCAGCGGAAGCACGCGCACCACUUCUUCCUGUUCAAGAAACAUCUGUUCCUGGACCAAUACAUGAAUUUGGACGAUCCUGUGGAGAAGGAGCUGCUGUAUCAUCAAGUGCUGCACGAUUUGCGCGCUGAUCGGUUUCCCAUCACCGAGAAAGAAGCUAUGAUGCUGACGGCUUUGCAGGCGCAAUUGGAACUAGGCGACUCCCUGGACACCAUAAUGGAGCAAGAUUACCGAACGAUAUCGAGCCACUGCUUGUCGUCGAGGCUGGUGCCGUGCUUGUGCGUGGACGGUGUGCGCCAGCAUCAUCAGUCCCUGCGCGGGAUGUCCGCGCCCGAGGCGAAGAAGGCCUUCCUGAAUCUGAUUCAGUCGUGGCCGUUGCACCGCGCGACCAUCUUCGACGUGAUGCAGUCGUUCACCUCGAACUGGCCACGCGUGCUCUGGCUGGCCGUCGACCAGCAGGGCCUCCACUUACUGGAGCAUCGCUCCAGAAACGCGCUUUGCACUUACGAAUACAACAGUAUUCUAAGCUACACUCCGGCCGUUAAUUGCUUGAUGAUCAUCACCGGCACGGAUAAGAAACAGAGCAAAGUCAUCCUCACCACGUCGCAGGCUCAUCAAAUAGCUAAUCUGAUUCGCGAAUACAUGGAAGUGCUUCAAUCGCCGCCGGAUAUACCAAGGCGGGACUCGGCGAUGGCUCAACAGUUGGCUGCUCAGCAGCAGCAGCAGCAGCACCAGCAACCGCCCGCGACCCUGACGACGUCCGCGGCCGGCGGACGAAAGUCCCGACCCGCCUCUAUGCUGCAUAGAGGCGCUCCAAUAAUACAGUCGCAGGCUAGUUAGAAUGGCCAGGUGAUUCUCCCGCGAGAGUCAGAGAUAGUUUCUCUUCGACCCGGUACCUAAGAUCGAGUUCUCAUCGGGCGCCGCACGUUCCAUUAUAAAGUGCCAUAAAUUCGAGAUACGCACACAGCGCCAUAUAGCGGUACUGUCUAUUUUAUAAAAAAAAAAAAAAACACG